CAAAAGGAUAGGCAUACAAUUGACUUGAGGAAAGUGAAGAGAAGACUUUUUGUUUGCUUGAUUCUACAUGAGAACUCCAGAGAAACUGAAUAGGCUUUGCUUGGUGUGACAGACAAUGCACCGAGCUGGCAGUCUCAUUCUCAGUCUCUCACAUACCAGACAACGGGGAUUUUAGGGGGGUACUUAGACCACUGUACUGAAGGCAUCAAGACGUCUGUGGAAUAUUCCUUUGCGUUUUUCACAAUCUUAUGCAUGCCAGAAAUACAGGAAAAGCAAAAAGACUGGUACUCUAGAAGUUAUGGAAGAAAGGCAAAAUAAAGCUUCUCACAACUUGUGAUCGAAAAAGUGACAGAACUAAAUGAAGCCAAAUUUCACUGACUCUCUGCAGAAUAUAAGCCAUGCACCAUUUGUUUGAAUUGGUUUUGGGACACAGAGACCUAUCAAGAGCAGGGGACUUAUUCUCUUUAGAGGAUUUUGAGAUAGAAGACAGUCUGUCUGAAGCUUUGCAACAAAUCAAGAUAAUAUCUUCCUCUGAGGAUUACCAGAUUAAUGACAAUGAUCAAGCAGUUGUAGAAAUUUGUAUUACACGAAUUACAACUGCAAUAAGAGAAACGGAAACGAUUGAAAAGCACAGUGAAGCAUUGGUAUCGCUUUGGGAAUCCUGUCUGGAACACAAUCUGACAUCAGGGCUGAAAGAUGAAGAUACCCCUCAUGCUAAAAUCGCUUCUGAUAUCAUGAGCUGCAUUCUGCAAAAUUAUAACAGACCAACAGUUAUGUUACUGGCAAUCCCAGUGGCUGUGAAAUUCCUCUGGAGGGGCAACAAGGAACUAUGCAGAAAUAUGUCAAGUUACAUAUCACUGGCAGCCAUUGCCAAAGCAGACCUCUUGGCAGAUCACACGGAAGCAAUUGUAAACAGUGUUCUUCAAGGUAAUAGCAUGCUGCUGCGUGUCCUUCCGGCACUUUAUGAAUUGCAGCCCCAGCCCAUAAACUGCUGCCUGAGAGAUUUGGUAUCGCAGAUGCCUCAGUUAGAUGAAGGGGAACAGCAUCACAUGUUAAGAUUGUUACAAACAGUUGCUAAAGGAAAACAGCCUAAGGUUCUCACGGAAACAAUCCCUUUUUUAAUGAAUUACUUAUCGGAUCCAAGCUACAGUGAUAUCAUACUUAACUUAUUCAUAGACAUUUCAGCCUAUGAACCACAUGCAUUGGCUAAGUCACUUUCCACAUUAAAAGACACGGGUGAACAUUUUCCAGGCCUUAUUGGACAGAUAGCAAAGAUUUAUGGAGCAGUGGGACAUCUGGAUGAGGAUACGGCUAAGAUAUGUUUGACAUAUUUGGCAAGUCAGUUGACUAAUAUGGAACAUUCAUUCCAUCACAUUCUCUUGAUGGAAAUAAAGAAUAUUGUUGGGACUUUCAAGAGUAUAUUAGAGACUCCAAAUAGAGACAUGUACAGGAUGAGUAACAGCUUUAAUGCAAUGGCCAAGCUACUCAAUCACCACCUGGCAAACCAAACUACUCCAUCUUGCAGGAAAGAAUGCAAUAUUCAGUCAGAGUCUCCUUUUUAUGUCCAUGAAGACCAUGAAGUCUCUUUUCAAAAGGAAGAGGAGAAGGAAAGUCAAGUUAAAUUAGAAGAUAUCAGUGAUCAAAAGCAACAAUAUGUCACUGAAACAGAUAUAGACUGCAUCCAAAGAGGUCUCAAAAAUUCCAAAGAAGACAAAAAAGAACUGAUAUUUAGUAGGUCAAAAAAUCUGGCUCUGAGUUCAGUGAGUAAGUGCUUGGACAGUAGUCAAGACAUUGAUAAUUCAGAAGUGAUUGGACUAAUAUCAUUUUCACAUAUGUUUUUAAAUCAAGAAGAUGAAAGAUGUAAAUCUGACACAGAAACAGGCAAACCCCCAGUGGAUAAAACCUUAGCUCUCGGUCCAAUUAAUAACUGGACUGGAACAACAAAUGCAUCAGAGCCAAGUACAGCAAACCAAAGCAGCAGAAAGCUAGUAACGGAGAAUCAAAAUCAACAUGAUAUGCUGUGCCUGCAAUUAAAGGAAAACCUAGAUGAGCUUAAAAAGUACAUUAAGGAAAUGGGGAAGAAAAUUCCAGUCCCUGACCAGUGUGUGCUUGAAGAUACUGUAAAAGGGUGUGUAGCAAAGUUGUUCUUCAGCUGCCCAAUGAAGGGACACUACUGCCUCUACAGUAAGAGUAGUUUUACCCUCAUCAGCCAGCAGCCACAGCUAUGGAUCCAUAUCCUCUUUCUCUUUCAUCAGAGCUUGUUACCGGAGCCAUUGGCCAUGCACAGUGCAACCAUGCAGGUACUUCAGACUCUCUGGGAGAAGAUGCAGCCCAAGAACACUCAUAGCUUUAAAUCUUCUCUGAUGCAGUCUAUGUUUCCCCACAAAAAGGUAUUGCAUGGUUUCCUAAAUAAAACGCGAUUGAUGUGAAAGGCGCUAUAACUUUUUAAAGAAAGCUUCGGGGGCAAAUUGAGGACAGUCGACACCUAGACACCUGCUCACCCCUCUGUGUAAACACAUUCACAUAAUAUAGCAAACCUACAUACAUUACAGAAGCUGCUUCUCAUAUUUUAGUCUUUAGUUUUGGCAUUGUAAGUCAGUGUUAUGACAUCUCUCAGCACAAAUGUUCAAAGCAUUUUUUCUGUUGAUUCUAAUGACACGAGCGCUUAGUGUGGUUUUGCAUGGGUUGCUUAUUUCAUUUAGAUUUUAGAUGCAACAAAAACAAUUGGCACUUUUUUUAAACUUUUGUUUUCACAUGUUAAAUAAGUUCCGGCCAAUUGCCUUUAAAUCUUUCACUCAUGUUUUCAAAAAGGUCAAAGUAGUUUUUCAGCCCUAACAAAACUGAACCCUCAGGCUUUGUUUUUACAAGCAAUUUGAUCAGUCAGAUGUAGUUGUAUGUCAAAAUCUAAUGGUUCAUCUUUCAUUAACUCUGCAGACAUGGACAACAAGACCAGUCCGUAUAUUUCACUAGUGAUACACGUUUUUCUGACAUCUCAUCAACAUGCAGGGUCCUAUUAAACACCCUUGUGAUCUCUGUAUGGGUUAAAAUGGCAUGAGCCUUUCCAUUCUGCUAUUAAUUGGUGCACAGGCUGGAGCCCAAAAGCAUUUUACAGAUCACAUAACUCCCUGGUUUCUUAGAUACCUUUCUGGGAAUUUACUCAAAUGGCACAUGUCAAUCCCUUUUCUAAAGAAAGAGACAGUGAUGCUCAGUGUAAUUUUCAAGCAGUUAUGUUUCUGUUUUAUUUACAGUACGGUUUUACAAACAUGGACCUUUUUUAAUUCACACAGCAUAGGAAAAUAAUCACACUUAAAUUUAAUCUUGUGACAUCAGAACAGAAAAGUCCACUGGCAUACUGUUUGACAGUGUCUCUGGCCAGGGUCGGACUGGGGGGUGCAGGGCCCACCGGGGCUGCCUCCCUAGGGGCCCCACACCCCCCAAGGUGCCCCUGCCGCACAUCCUCACCCCCCACAGGGACCCCCAAUGUCCUCCAGCAGACUGGGGAGUGCCAUCAGUGAUCGGGUCUGGCCCCCGCCGGGGUAUACUUUUUAUUUCUAAAUUACACUGUUCACUUAGCAAAUAAUUCACUCUGUUAUUUAAAAUUUUAUUCUUGGACCAACAAAUGUAUUUUUUUAGCUGUAAUAUUGGUGUGUAGGCGCCAUCUCAGUGCAUCUCAGAGCACCUCUAGGACUUUAGUUCUACAUAAUCUCCAUCCUUGGUCUUUUACAUUACACUCACACUUUGUUGUAUUAGCAGACUGAAACAGAUUCUUUGCCAGAUUUUAUUGUAUUUUGUAUCAUCCAUUGUUCCUUAUAAUCUAAUUUAUGCACAUUGAGUAUUUCAAACAUGAGCUCUGCUUACUGACAUCACACAACAUCAUUGAUGAUAUCAGCAAUUACAUCAGCCAGUUCCACUGACGCAGAUUCCUUUUUACUAUCCAUAAAUUCUAAUAAAUGAGUGAUUCAACAAUACAGUAUGAGAUACAGUCUUUCAGCAUGAACUUAGUCCUAAAUCCUCCACAGCUCGCUUAAAUAAAAAAUCUGUAGAAUUAUAGUUGCUGUGUUUGCAGCUUCUGAGAAGAACAGUGUUUUUCCUGGCAAUGGAAACAUAUUAUUUCCUGUGAGCCCGAGGCUUCAUUUGUUGCUGUGUGUGAGACUGAACGUCUUUAAACUUGUUGAUUCCCACUUGAUUGUGGGCUCUGUUGCUGAUAAUUGGCAGUGGUGAAUUUAUAAUCUGCAUAGGGGCAUUCAGGAUGCCUUCACAGGAGCCAUGCAGUUCUCGAUAUUAACCAAUAUAACUGUCUCUGUGGAAACAUUUUCAUUUUAAUACUAAUGUCUUAUUUGUUCUCCACUAUCUUUUAAUUUCAUUGGAUUUCUAACUAAAACCCCCAAUUUUCUCUAAUUACUUUUUCUGAACCAAGAAAUGAAUUCUGCAGAUUACUUCCUCUCUCUCAUCUAAGCAUUCUUCCAACUAAAUUACUCAUUAUUUGUAAAAGCAAAACUAUUAUUUCUACUCAUUUAUGCACUUAUAUUGGAAUAUUGGCCUGUAAUGUGAAUGAGAUUUGGAGAGCAAAAUAUAAACAUUCCUUGGCGCUGCGCAUUUCCUUAGUAAUUACUAACAGGGAAACAAUGAGCGUGGUUCAUUUUAUUCUUGUCCGCUUAUGAAACAGGAAAUUAAGAGUAAUGGAUGAGGGCUAAUUUUAAUAUCAUUAGUCUAUAGCUGUACAUAACUAACAAACACAUUGUGCAAUGAUUUAUGCAAAGAAUGUCCAACGAGUCACAUCAAUCUCUGCCCCAUUUGAUCAUACAUUCUAAUUCUCUACCCAGACACACAAACAUAAACUUUGGGUUCAAUUAAUAUCACAUUAAAAAUCUGCCAGCAUGUUAGAUGUGAGCUACUGGAACUACCAGGAUUUUCUAUUAAAAUGUAGCCUCCCUGAAACCCAAGUGUUUGGCCCAAUUUUUUGCUUGCAAAUUAGAAAUAGUUAAUUAACAUUUUAGUACUGGUGGUUGGUUCAUUAAUUUAUGCCAUGCAUUGCCAUUUAAACAUCAGCGCACGUUGAUCAAGCACUUAAUGAAGAAUGUACAGGGAUAAUACUGUGGUCUUAAGACCAAAUACAUACAAAAUCAAUACAAAAUGUAAAUAACUCCUUUAGUGAUAUACCCUGUUGCUUCAAAUAUCCUAUGUUCUUAUCUUACAAGAAAAACUGCACAUUUUAGCCUUUCUUCUAUCUUGAAUUAGGACCCUAUACAUUUUCUUUCCUUUGUACUGGGUUUACAUUAGGAAGUAUAUAUACUUAUAUAUACAUAUAAUUACUUGGUUUGCUUUCCCUAGCUUCCCAAACUCCUCGGGCAGCUGUAUGAACUACCAUUCUUCACUGACAGUCUUGCAGCAGACUACUUUUGCAGCAGAAGCUGGCUGGCACUAGUUUUCUUUGCUACUAUUUCUUUCUCAUUACCGACUAAUUUAAAUGAAUACUUUAUAAACUAUAAUUUGAAUGCCUGUUAUUAUAGCCUACAUGCAUGACUUUUCAUUAAGCCACAAUAAUCUUUAAUUUCUCUGCUUACUCCACCAUUGUGUAGCAGUUUUUCUUUAGUGAGCACAUUUCAAGCUCUGAUUUCACCAAGCUCACUUGGCAACGUUUAUUUUGGGAAUCAGCUUACAGCUCUGGCCCAACUGGAUAUUCCAUUCAUGAAAACAUUUCAGUCUCUUUUCCACCCAAGGAUAAAACCUAAAGUCAUAAGGCCCUAGUCCAGCAGUCUUUGUGGCACAGUAUCAAAUGCUUUCUCAGCAUAUAUCACAUCUACAAUCUUAUCCUAAUGAAAUUUACCAUCUUAGAAGGAAAUAAGAUCUGCUUGGUAUAAAACCUACUCCAUAAACAAUUUAUUUU